UAGGUUAUACUGGUUAUAAAUUAUUUCACCCAGACUAGUUUCUCUCUUUAGUUUCUUCCCAAUGGAAAUGUUGACAUGGACAAUUUUUGCCCUUGUUUCUUUGUAUCCCCUCUUCACUUGUGAUGUCUCUGCUACUAUUUCCACACAGUUAAUGUCCAACCAAACACAAGAUGAUUUAUCAAAUAUAUGUGGUUUAGUAUAUUGUGGGAAAGGAACAUGCCGACCUUCUUCCUCUGAAUUGCUCGGUUUUACAUGCGAUUGUGAAUCUGGUUGGAAGAAGCCUAAAAUUGGUUCUGUCGAAUUACCGCCAUGCAUUUUUCCUAACUGUACUGUUAAUUUAAAUUGUGGUAAUGGAUCUCCGGCAACCCCUUCUCCACCUACAGAAGUGAAUGACCCUUGCUUGUUGAAUUUCUGCGGGGAUGGAACCUGUGUGAGUCAUGGCUUUGAUUUUAAGUGUCAAUGCAAUGAAGGCUCAGACAAUCUACUUAAUGAUCCAAAGUUGUUUUGCUUUCAGAAAUGCACUUUGGGAGGAGAUUGCAAUGGGCUUGAUCUUGGGUUCGGCUCCGAAACUCCGCCACCGCCAGCAACACAUGGGUCUGCCUCUCCUGGAACUGCAGGUUCAGGUGAAACGCUGAGUUGCACAAGGGAGCUUCAUAUGCUAGCUAUGACGAUAUUAGCAUUGAUAUUUCAAAUCUGGACUUAAAAGGGAACAUGAUGAAGUGCGUUAACUUUUCUCAUGGAACACAAUCAAUCAACACAUGACAUUUCCAAAAAACAGAGCUGGCUGGAUUUUUAUUGCACUUUUCGCUGACCAUAUCAGCCUACUUUUUCAUUUACAUAGCUUGUUCUUGCAGAGCAGAAAAAUUAUUAGUUGAGAGAGCUCAUUCUCUUAAAUAAAUUUCAUUUAAUGUUUUCUCUAUUGUCACUUAUUUAUGUUUUUCAACCAUCUUUGAAUAUUAAUAAAGCUAGUGAGGUGUUAUGUG